UGAUGGAGUGGAAUACGCCGACACAUGGCCAACAGGAUCCUUUCAAAUGGUUCACGGAGUCUCAGCUCCAUAAUGUGUUCAGGAACGGCUCAGUCCCAGAUUGGUUUCAUGGGAUCAUUACAAGGAAGACAGCAGAGGAACUGCUGAUGUUCAAGCCGCCUGGCUACUUCCUUAUCAGAGUCAGUGAGAGCAGAAUUGGCUACACCCUCUCAUAUCGUGUGGACCAACACUGCAGACAUUUCAUGAUUGAGGCAAUGGAGGAUGGCCAUUAUGUCAUAGUAGGGGAGAAUAGGACUCACACAAGUCUACAGGACCUGGUGGACUUCUACCGCAGAACUCCUAUCAUGCCAUUCAAUCAGGUGCUCACAGUUGCUUGCGGACAGUCCUCAGAACAUCAUGUCAACUAUGCCCAACUGUUGGUUACCCAAAGACCCCGAAGCUAUACCACCAGUGUGCUACCAAACAACCUCCGACAACCCACUCCGAGUCACCCAGAACCAGUGGACCAUACUCCCCCUCCCCUUCCUCAUCGACCCAACCAUCUGAUGAACUCUGCAAUAUCUUUCCCAAAUAGCCAACCAAACAGGCUUUACCCUUGUUUGGAGGAAGGUGUCAAACACUCCACUGCCCCUCUUCCAACUUCGCCUGUGCCAAAGGUGAGGAAAAAAUUCACAGCUGAUAGCUCUCCAUGGACUUCGCCUCCUGAAGUCCCUUUGAGGAAUCACAUCGCUCAGAAGCAGGACCUGGCCUGCACCAGAAUGGCCUCAGUGCCCAAGAGCUCCUCUGAAUCCCCAGCCGUCGAGAGAAAACAUUGCACCAUCGUCCAGCCACUAAAAUUCCAGGAGCUGAGGCCAUCAGUUGUCACAAACCUGAAGAGCCUCAAGAUGAAAUUCCAGAAAAAGACAACCAACCUGCAGGAAAACCUCUAUGAAGAAAUCACUAAAGAGCCGAAUGACAGCAGCAAAGUUGUGGAGAAUGAAUACCAGGAGCUCACAUUUGGUGGUUCCCCUUAUUGCCACACAGAUGUGAGACUGAACGAUGAAGUGCUACCUCAGGAGUACCGAUCACCUCCACCUUUUGCUCCAGGCUACUGAUAUACUGGCAUUCAUUUUAACACUCUACCUAAUUACUAUGUUGGGAAUUACACUGCAGCCCCAUCAAUAAAUAGUAAUAAGUGGCCACUAGAUUAGUAAAUCUUGACUACAAGGUUGUGACCUCUAGGACCCUAAACCACCUUAUCCAUUCAGCUGAUAGGUCAAAUAGAACAAGUGUUGUUGUCAUGAGGAGGACCAGGCUUACCUUAAACAGCUCCAUCGCUUUCAUUGUUGGAGCUCAUGAGAGCAAAAUGUCAAAGCAAGUUCAUUUGAACACACAAAUAACUGUUAAAAAAACAGCAUCAUUGGUCAACCUAAAAGAAACUAAAUCAGUCUGUUAGCUUCGCUUGAUCUAGAUAUUAACAUUUAUUAUGUUUGCAGUUUGUAAUUUUAAAAAGCAGCACUAAAAAAUAAUUAACUAUCCUGAGGCAAAGUGGGAACAGUGACAUCUUCCUUUCAAAAUUAGCUGUUGCACUGUUUCAAAUCGUUUUGCUAAGACAACCUACAAAGAAGUGACACAACAAAUAUAAAUAAUGCUAGCUUGCUGCCAUUUUUAUCACUUAGGCUGUAAAACAUUCCAUAAAUGUUUUACACUUCAAGGAAGUGACAAAUCCAGCAACGGAAACCUGUAUGUAUCUUAUGUAAAUUAUUGUUGAAUGCUACUACAGACAUAUGAAGGACAUUUUUGAUAAUAUCAAAAUUAUGUAACAAGGCUGAAAGAGAGGUAAUAAUUAUUGGUCAGACUAGUUUCACAGGCAUAAACGUGAGUUAAAAAGCUGCUGCAAACAUUUGUCAUUGAAAAUAUCUGUACAUAUCUUUGUCACUUAUUAUUUGCUUACGUCGUGUUUUUACAACAUUAUAUCACAUUUAUGCUUUCGACAGAUACAUUCCUUGCUGUUAAAUGACACUACUAAAUCACUUUGAAAUUGGUACUUUGUAAUAUUUGCAAAUGCUGUGCAGUAAAAUUUCAAAUACAACAAGCCUUUCAGUA